AUGACUUACAAAGCAUCAUUUGAACUCAAUCAUAACUUUCCAAAGUUAGCGGAAGAAUCUGGUUUUACGUUCAAUACACAUAAGCCAUGCGUGAAAAUAGAGUGGAAUAAAAUAAAAUUAAUCGAUAUAGACUCUAUAAUAAAAGGCAGAAAGUUUGUCAUACUUGAACAGCACAUUAAUGAUAUACUGGGCUGCGUCUUGGAAUCGGAAUUCGAUGUUAGAAUCCUAGAUGAAGGUGUUCUGAAGAUAUUUCGUUUGUCGCAAUUAACUGUUGAAUAUCAACAAUUUUGUCGAAAUUAUUUGGACCGAAGCAUUUAUGUUUUGAGAGAGGAAGUAACUAAACUGCUUAAGGAUAUUGAAUCAAUGAGGAGAAAUUUAAAAGAAAAAGAAGAAGAAAUAAGAAAACUGAAAAGAAAAUCGAAACACUCAUUACGUGCUCCUUUAUCAUAUGGCAAUGAAAAUUUAGCUACAAUGCUUUUAAAGACUUUAAAUAAUACCAAUGGAGAUAUUUUUACCACAACAUCUCAUACAGGUGUAAAUCAAUACAAUAAAUGUAGCUAUUGUGAAAAAGUAUUUUUAAAUCAAUUAUAUUUGAAAAGUCAUAUUUCAAGACGUCACCCAGAUUUACAAGAGAUGCCGCAAAAAGAUGUAACGGAUAAGCUAACACUCAAUGAAAAUACAAAUUCUAAGUUAAAUGAAGAAAUAGAAGACCUUAAAGCAAAAUUAAAACAAAUGGAGGAACAGAUAACUAACACCCGCUCUAGUGAUCAAAAUAAAAUAAAAAAUGAUUUACAAGAAAAUGGCGACAUUGAAAACCAAAAAACAAUUUGCAAUAAAAAUAAGGCUAAGGAAAUGAAAGAUGCCGAGGUCUUGACCGAUGAAGAUGGUAAGUUACUAGAAAAAAUCGAAAACUGGAAAAAGGAGGAAUAUGAAAAGUAUAAUCAAGAAAUAAUUCUUUUACGGAAACAAAUCAUUGACAUAAUAAGUAAUAAAGAAAAACAAGAACAUUCUUCUAUUAAAAAUGAUUUAAAUAUUAUGGAACAACUACAGGUAACAAUCAAACAACAGAAUUUGGAAAUCAUAGCAUUGAAAAAGGAACUUCUAAAUGGUGCAAUAAAUGAAAAAGAGAAACGAAAAGAGAUAGAGACUCAAAUGACAUAUUGGAUUAAACAGGCUGAAAAGCAAUCAAAUGAGUAUAAAGUGUUAUUACAAAAACUUAAUGAAGUAACGAAUGAAGCACGCGAGUAUCGUUUUAGGGCUGACGCAGAAGAAGAAAAAUCGUCUAAAUUACAAGACAUAUUGAAUCAAUAUUUAAAUAAAAGUCCACUAAAAGAAUCAAAACGGUUAAAAUUAAAUAAAGACGCAGAAAGAGUUGAUGAAAUAAAUGGGAUCGAACGUGUAAAAACGGCAAAAACCCCUCAAAAAUUAGUUACAGCAGAUUUAAUUACACUUUCUAAACUUCAAAAAAAGACACAGGAGCUCCUUAAUAUGAACGAGACAAGUACUUGCGAAAGUUCUAGCACUAACGAUGAAAACAUUAAUAUCAAAAAGUCUGUAAGUAUCGAAUCGGAUGAUGAAAAUGAUGAAAAAAAUAGUGUUCCAAAACAACAUUUGGAAAAGUCACAUACUAAUUCUCAAAGUUUUUCUAAAAUAAACAAACUAAAAAGAAAUAAAAACAAAACUAAAAAACCAAAACACAAACCAAAUUCAGAAAGAAACAUGGCAUCAAAAAAAGAAAAUGGUUACGCCCAUAUUCCAAACAGUCCCGUGAAAGUACUAAGAGCUAAAAUAAUGGAAGAAGUAAACCAACGCCUAAUAUCUCUUGGAGUAGAUCCCUUGAGAAACCGUUUACCUCGAAAUAAUUUUCAAAAGCAACGGCUGCUUCUGCAAAAAGAACAAGACACUAAAGCCAAGAAGUUUCCUGUAAGAGAGAAAAUAUUACAUUCAAUAAUAGCUCAUUUGGAUGAAACUACAAUCGACAAAAAUGAGUUUAAAAAAAAAGACUAUAUCUCACCAAACAAGUCACCUAAAACGUUUAGCCUUUCUUCCGUUCUAACAAACGUUAAAACAAAAGCUUUGUCAUUAGUAAAAUCUAGUGAAACUGUUAACAACACAAAUCAAUCCUACAAUAACAUAGCAAAGAGGGCUAUGGCUCUACUUAAAACACCACCGGGUUCAGUCACUGUCAGUCCAAUAAGAAAAACGCAACAAUAUGACAUUCAUUCACCGAAGAAGUCUGAAAGAAAAGUUUCAAAAUCAAAAAGUAAUGUCAAAUAUCAACCUUCCAAGUCUUUUACACAACACAAAAAAAUCGAAACCUUCCAAGCUAAUGAUACAAGUGAUGACACGACGUCUAGAGCAUCUGAACAAGACGUUAUUGAUGACCAAAUUUCAAAGAUUGUUAAAUCCCCAGUACGACAUCCAACUGAUGUGUCUUUAAAUCGCAAUCUAUCGGAACAUAACAUUUUUGCUCAUCAUAAUGAUAAAUCAACUACUAAAGUCAAAGAUUUAAAUGAAAACAAUUUGGAAGUAAUACAAAUGAACAAAAAAACACUGCUAGAAAAUAACGAAUAUAGCAGUGAUGACGUGGAAUCCUUGAUCUCAUCACCAAGAAAAUUUUAUUCUGAAGAAAAUAUAAACAAUUUGAAGCAAACGAAAGGAGUCUUAAAAAAUGCAUCUUCUACGUCUUCUUUGAAUAAAAAAAAAGUUUUGUUCGACAUGGACGCAAUACAAAUGAAGUCUGUGAGCGCAUCGCCAUCACAAAGUGUUACAGAGAAAAUUGAUAGUAACGAUAAAAUUCAAUCCAACCUUGUAAAUUUAGACAACGAAGAAUGGGAUAUAUCCAGCAUUGAAAAUGAACAACCAGCAUCGACUGUCAAAGUGCAAAUUACUUCAAAAAUUGCUGAACUGAAAGGGUCUAUAGAGUCUCAACUUACUCGUCGUAACCCGUCUCUUUCUACUACUCUUGUGGGUGGAGUUGAUGUGUUGACAGCGCCGAUACAAAAAGCAACUAGUUUUGGUGGCAGUAAUACUAGCCUCGGGAGUUCUAUCCUUGAUGAUACAGACAGCGUACCAGUGUAAAAUAAAACUGUAGUAAAACCAAGACAUGUUGAAAAAGAUGAUAGUGAAAUAGAAAUUUCAGAUUUGAUUAAUGAAGCAGUAACUGAUAACAAGAAUUAUGUUAUAUCCUGUUAGGUGUAAGUGUUUUUACUUAUAAUAAAAACCGCGUUCACAUCAUGGGUUGACUGGAAGAGAUCUCUGUUGGAGA